UCAAGAAAAGUUUUAAUUUCUGAUUAUUGGAGAUGGGGCAGGAGCGCUGUUGUAGAGAGACACACGUCGAGAGAAGCGAGAGACAAGAUGCUGCGGACACUUCGGGAAAAUAAGUACGAUGGCGAUAUACUUUCUCCAACCCCACGUCCACUAGACGACAACGCCUGACGGGGUUCUCCACGGCCUUGCGGUAAAUCAAAAGCUACUUAGGGGCACGCUUUUGCGUUGAUUGUCGCGCUGGACAGGCGUACGCAUGAAAGCGGGCAGGCCGCCGUUUGGGAGCGCUACGGCAGUUUCCGUGCGUACCUUCAGUGUCCGAGCAGAACCAGAGUAGUAGUUCUUCUGCUGUGAACUGAAGUAUUCCGCCAUCACGCACGCGACCUGCAACGAAAAACGACUUGACGAAAGCAGUAGCUAGUGCCAGUUCUUCGUUUAGUAGAGUAUUAAGUACUACACAUCAACUACGCAUACGCAGUCGACCACCUGAAACUCUCGCAUAAAAGCUCGUAGUCUUGAACAAGUAGCUCUUGCACAAGUUGGACGAAGAUGUCGUCGUGGUUGUUAGACAAGAUCCUCGACACUCCCACGCCGUCGGCUUCGAGCGAUGCGAAAUACGAGGUUGGCCAGCCUGUGGAGUAUUUUUCUUAAGACACUGUUUUAUGCUACAUACCUCCUCGGAGAACGUUUUGUCUAUUGUGGUGACAGUUUAUAGUAGAUUUUGUAUUAUUUGUGCUAAAAGAGGACUGCUGCUUAACAAAAUGUAGUAUAAGAACAAAAUCGUCUUUUUUCUUUCACGAUGCUUGAGACAAUGUAGUACAAAAACGCACACAACUAGCAUCUAAUUGGCAGCGACACUGAAAAAUUGGAUGCCAGCAAAAAUCUUGCAAUUCAAUGUGGAAAGUAAUACGUAUAAUCUCGACUGCAAGCCUGAGGUGCCACCAAAUCGGAUCCGUCCAUUAGGCUCAGACGCAACACCAGGAUCAACUCCGGUCGGUGUAGCUGGCGUGGGUGGGGGUGGUACGAUUUUUGUUCAUUCAUCCAGAUGGUUAGUAAGUCUAGAUAAUUUGCUUCGGGUUGGUGCCUCGCUCUUUUUUUCAAGGUUUUAAACUUGUGGUGAUAUUUCACGUUACUACUGUGUAGGGGACAACAUUCGGCAGCUGCAUAAGAUUGAUUUUUCCACAAACGCACGACAGCAGGCGACUCGAGUCCUGCGUCAAGGGUGACCCAGGGCUUGGGUGGUACUGCCAGGCCCGCAGAGAGCGAUGUGGCGUCACCUUUUCUGGGGACUGUCGCUGGAGAGGACCUUGGCUCCGGCGCUGCACAACAUGACGCGAUAUUUAUGGUACGGUUUUUGUGUGAAGUGUUCGUAGCCAGGGUGGAUUACGUUGAUAGAAGUACAUUUAGCAUAAUGCUCAGACAAAUGGUGCACCAGUAUGGAGAUUUUCAAUGUCAAGAUUCCCACCUAAUCCUUUCCUAAUUCACCGGACGACCCUUUUGGAGUUGGGGCACAAGUGGAAUAUUUCUCGGCGACGGCUCAAAGCUGGAUACCAGCGAAGGUGCAGUACAUUAACAGCGACGGGACGUUCAAUUUGGACUGUAAGCCUCUAGUAACUCGAGACCGCAUCCGACCCAUGCGUCGAACAACGGCAGCUUCUCCUGGUAUGGCGGAUGAGUUUUACUCUCGUUCGUGUCAGUAUACUCGACGCAAUGUUGGAGUUCUAAUCCAUAAAUUUCGAGUCUCGUGGUAUUCGUAGCUCCAUAUAGUAGCGAAUACGUGGCUAAAAAGUUUCAGGAUUUCUCGUUCAUUCCUUUGAUUUCUUCAUACCAACGGCGCUUCCUGCCGCUGCAAGCCCAGCUAGUGCUACAGGAACGGCUUCCGCAACGGGGAGCGGGGGCGAGAAGCACCAGUUUCAACCGAAUUCGAUGGUAGAGUACCUCUCGGGAACCUUGAAUCAGUGGAUAUCAGCAAGAGUACUCUCCUUGAACAAUGACGGGACUUACAACUUGGAUUGCAAGCCCCUUGUCGCAGCAGACCGGAUACGGGCACCGGGUGGCGGUGACAAACCAAGAGUACUUAUAAUUUCCAGAAGGACUUCUCAGAGUGCCCUGACUUGAGUCCCACGCACCAGGAAAAGGAUCCGAAAUGCUUACAAAUCUAAACCAGGUACUAGACGACAUCAAACUGGAGGACAACCCGGGACGACCAGACUCGAUUGCGAAAGCUCGACCUCCAAGUACGAUGGCCGUGAUUCCAGAGAUCGAAUCUUUCGCCGACCAUCCAAUGAAGAGCGCUCAGACCAUAAAGAUAUGACCGUGUCCGGACACGACAAACUAGACAAUCAGCGCUAACGUUGUUCCUAAAAAGAUGGAUUAUUUGUUGAAAGCUCUGUUCGAAUUCAAGAACACAAUGAAGCAGAAGAACUGUCGCAGUUCAUGAUCCCCUUUUGCUCAAGCUAACAAUUAUGUGAUAUAAAAAUCAAGCCAAUCUUCACCUUUCUUCAUAUCCAAGUUUAGACGGACCUAUUCAGCUGGUCCGCAUGAACAAAGGCUCAGCAGGAGAGACGAAGUUCGAGGUAUGCAAGGAAGCCGUGGAGGUACUUCGAGGGAUGGGGAGCGUGAAAAUCAGCGUGGUCUCCGUUGGUGGUACAUUCCGGUCCGGAAAGUCCUUCCUCCUUUAUGAUCAGUUGUAGAGGCUCUUCCUCCUUGAAUAUCCUCAAUAGAGUUGUGGUGCGGGGCAUCUCGUCAGUAGGAGUACCCUAUUUUCUUUCACAAGGUUCUUUCUGAAAUAUUUUGAAGUGGGUAUUCACUAUGGCAGAGUAGUGGAAAAAGACAAAAACUGCUAGUAGUAGAGUGACCACAUUUCCCUUUUAUCGAAUUCGAGGAGUACCCUUCAUGUUCGGAACUUGCUUCUUGACCGGAUGCAGCAAGGCUUGCCAGGAUUUCAGGUUGGCCUUGGACAGGGAAGUUACACCAAGGGAAUUUGGAUGUUCGCGUUGAAGCCUACUGCUGAAGACGGCCAUUGUUACCUGUAUCUAGACUGCGAGGGCUUUGGAGCACCGGACGCGGAGAAUUCGCGCGACCCGAAGUUGUUAGCCUUGUCGAUUCUCAUGUCCAGCCUUUUCAUACUGAACAGCAAGGGACCGCUGAACGAGCAGACGUUCCAGGCGCUCAAUCUGGUUCGUGAUUCACCCUAUACAUGUAGUUCCUGUGCAGUAGCUCGCGAAUAGAAAAGUUAGUUGAUUCAUCAUCAAUCCUCCUUUGAUCGCUGCAGGAGGUUGAGAGGAUUGAUACUUCUCAUUCGAUGGAUACAUUUGUCCCAUUACGAGCCUCUGCUUUCAGGUCUGCGAAUUGCAGAAGUCGAUCGAAGAUCAAGGCGUCAUCAUGAACAAACCAAGCCUCUUCUGGCUUCUGCGGGAUCAUUCGCUUUCGAUCGAAGACACAUACGGAAACCCGUUUUCUGCGGACGAGUAUCUAGUUAUGAUGUUUGAUCUUCAAUAUAGAUCGUCCUUUUUGGAUCAGCCCCAACAAAUUAUUCGCAUUAUAAACUCCAAAAUCCUGUAGCCGCAUUCUAAACUGAAGCGAGCACUGUCGUCAUCACCGGACUACCCGUUCGACCGGGAGAAGGCUCAGCAGGCAAAAGAGACGCGGAUGGCGAUCUUCAAGUUUUUCCCGGACAGACGGUGUCGAACACUAGUAAACCCCGCAUUGGACGAGUCAGCUGCACAGCGACUUCCUGCCGAGAACUACUCUAGCCUGCGGCCCGAAUUCCGAACGCAGUUUGCAAGAAUGCAGGAUGAGAUAUACAGGUUCACUACAUGAUUUAAGGUCAUUUGAGUAUUACCAACUUCCCUAUGUGGAGUUCUGCUAAUCGACUGUCACUGGCGUUUAGUAUCUUUCUCUUUUUUCUUUACCGCCAGGUGCUCUGUGAGUAUUUGAAUUAGUAUUUCUGGCGCAUCCUUUUUUGUGACAAUUUGAAUUCUACCUAGAUUAUCGUCUGCGCUGGGUCCAAAGCGCGUCGGCAAAGACAUGGCCUAUUUGACGGCGCGGGCCUUUCCGUCAUUCCUGGCGCACCUCUGCGACACAUUGAAUAACAACCAGAAGCUGGAAAUUUGCAAUAGCUGGGACCGCGUCGCGGAGAGCAGCUGCUGCAACUCAGUGGAAAACCUCACGGCGGAAUACCUUAUGAGAAGCGUUCUAUUUUCUUCCUUCUCUAUUGUAUUGCAUGUUCUCUUUUUCGUGCUUCGGCCCGUGGGAUAGAAAUCUGCCAACCACGCCUCUGGUGGAAAAGACCAAGUGACCUGUGCUUUGUUUUCUAAUCUUCGAGAAGCUCUUGACCUACUCCGAACCAAGUUUCCAAUGAGCGACUCCGCACUGCAGGCAGACCUAAAGGCUCUGCGACAGCAUAUGAAAGCGCGCUACAUGGACGAAUCUCUUGGCGACGAAGGCAUGAGGAAUCUUUACUGGCAGGAGUUGAAAGACGGUAUUAGCAGUUACUUCUCGAAUAGUUAGAGCGUGGCAAUUACAAAUCCCCCUGUGGCAUGGUAUUUCAUCCAGGUCGGUGGUUUUGACUUUAACUUUGAAGUGCUUGCACGCUCAUCCACACCAGGCAUUGCACUUGACGACAAGAAGUUGUGGGCUGAUAACAACCAGGCAGCAGAGAACAAACUUCUUAGGGUGCUCACAGUGGCAGCAGGUGGUGAAUCAGGAUACAAAUUUCCACCAGAAGUGCUCAAAGACGUGGAGAAUCAGCUCAAGGAGAAAAGCAUUCCAAGUGGUUGCUGUCACGCUAUUGGCGCACUGGUACUCAACUUCUGAAAGAUUGUGAUAAAGUCUUUGGGUGAGGAUGACGUGAGCAGGUACUCCAAGUUUUUUUGUCUUGUAGGUGAUGAAUGCGCACUGAUGUUGAAGAUAAGCAGGUGUAGAAUGCGGUUCCAAACCUUUUUUUUCGAACAAACAUUUUCAUUUCAGUUGUUGAAGGCGUACCAGCACAGCUUAGACAAUUCCCGACUGUCGGAGCAGAGGAUGAAGGAGCAUGAGGAGGAAAAAACUCACUUGCGGACAUCUAUCGCCGAACUAGAAGAGACCGGAAAUUAGGAUGAGUUGAUAUUGAUAUUUGUGACCACAGUUCUUCACGUCUAUGAGUUUAUCCUGAAGAAAGGUCCAUGGUUUGACUUUGUUCCUGGAAAGCCAUAAUCAGUAGUUGCUCAAUUUUCAUCGUGAGCAAACUAAGAUCAACUUGUCACUGCUGAAACACUGAAGCAAGCUUUCUCGUCUAAGCAGAGAGCACAAGCGAGGAGAUGCAGCGGCUUCAAGAUCGGGUAGCUGAAGUCACAAAGGAUCUGGAGGAGAUGAAAAAGCGGUACGACGAAGAAUGCCAGGCGAGCAAAGAACUUCGCGAACACAUUGGUAUAUUACCAAGUACCUCUCUUGUUUGUGUAGUUUCAGAUUCAGUCAUAAAUAUUGUUGGAAAACACUACUUACAUUUUUUGGAUGAAUCCUUGUAGUUUUUUCCUCAAGUGAGAGAUAAUUGAGAUUACUAGUUCACCCCAAUAAAUCCUAAAUCUAAAAUACUAGAAACGAAAAAAUCCCAAUAGAAACAAUGGCUGCUGGCGGCACCGACAAGGAGAAAGAGCUAGCGAGGGCUAUUCAGGAGGCAGACUCGAAGUACCGCAAAGAGGAACAGAGGUAUAGCGAAGCCGUAGAUAAUGAGCGGAAGAAACGGGAGGAUGAGCGCGAGCGGUUCGAUCGCGAACGAAAUCUCACGCAGCAGGAAAUUUAUGAACUUCUUCUUCAUAGAUGCUCCUGAAAUAAGUAGUAGGAGUAAGAAGCCUAGUUGCAACAUAUCAGUGUUGCUGUUAAGCACGACCUAUCGCGGAGAACAAGUGGAUAAUCCUUGUCAUAGGAAAAUUACUGGUCGGAUAAGUAUGUUGUGGUUCAAUUUGUAGUACAACUACCAAAAAAAUCUUUGAUAAUAACAGUAGACAAUAAUGACUUUAUCAAUCUUCUUCGUUACCCCCUUCAUAUUGUCUUGCGACUGAAGGAAGAGCACCGAGAGGCCUUGCAGAGGGAGCACGAAAGCGCGACGAACGCCUGGUCACAGCUGCGAGUACAAAACGAGAACAACACUAACCUCCAGACUCGUAUGGACACCAUGCAAGCGGAACUCGCGAAAAAGCAGGCCAAUCCGUGCAAAUGUGUUAUCAUGUAACGGUUUUAUUCAUCUUGGCGUCGCACUAGCAUCUGCUUAAUAUUGCUGAAGGGCGGAAGGGAAGGGACGCAGGCGAAGCCUGAGACGUUCGUUGUCUCGGCGUAGCAUCUCCUUGGUGACAUGUGCUCACUUGCGCGCCAAAAAUGUACUGCUGCUCGGAAAUUUAUGCAGUACUGAUUGAUUGUGACAUGAACUCAAUUGUGUGCGACGAGGACUAUUUUACGUACGAUUGCAUGAUAUGAUCUCUUUUUCAAAUCUACCAAUAUUGCGCUUGUUUAGGAUAUUCGCUACUGAAGAAAGAUAAUGCAGUGCAGCAGUGCAGAGAGAAGAAAUGUUUCAAAAUGAACUUUAGAAGUACUUACUUUCUCGAUGUGAAAUGAUACUUUUAGUUUCUCGGCAUGGCCUGAUACUUCGAUGUGACAAUGAAAGUGUAGGCUAUUUUUACUCACGUGCAAAGUCGCGCUGCGAACGCAAAGGCAGAUGUUGCGAAUGAAACUACAGUACGUGGUAUUUUUUACCUCAAAGUUAGUCUGUUACACUUCCGGGAUUCGGUCUUGGCAUCACGUUUCCCAGGAUGGUAAAUCUGACUGAAGUUAGAGAAUGC